AAAAAGGGAACCGUGGCUGUGUGUAAAGCGGGAGGUGGAUCAGAAAUCCAAAUAACAAGCUCAAGUAAUCAGGUGGACACGUAAUGGUAAGUUGGUAAAACAAGAACAUGCUAAGAUGCUAGAUAUUCAACCUCGUCCAAGCUCAAAUGGCAUCCCAGAAACAUCAGAAUUUUAUAUAGAUGAGAGUUAUUCCACAUACCGACGUUUGGUUCGAACAAUCGUUUGCGGUAGUCUGUUUGGUCUUGGGUUCUGCAUUGCCACCCCUACCUCGCCACUUAUGAGACUGUCUCUCACCCAAGAAAAUAAAAAAGAUCUUGUUCCGAGAAUGAUGAGGGAUUUCUUUUAUAUCAGCUUCUCAGCAAGCGCUUUGACAUAUUGGUGCGUGAUGGAGCCUUCGAUUACCAACCCCAAAGCAAAAGAGGGUUUCAUGCCGUAUUUGGGCCCAUUAACAGCUGAAAUUCCAGCCCUCAGUUGCUUGGUUGCUUCACAUCUGUACUACCCAGGAAUCGGAGCCCUUGUGAAUGAGGUGACUUGGCGAGAAAGGCGAAAGGAAUUUGUACGCCUGAACCUCAAAUGUUUCUUUGCUUACGCUCCCGUUCAUGUUCCAGCGACUUUACUGAUUGGUGCCAGUUUGGGUUUGAUUAUAUUUCCAUUUAAGUUUAUGAAGCAAUACUCAUACAAGAACGCCCAGCAAAGGAUACGACAAUGAUGGUGUGCCUAAAUUUGUCCUUCUCAAGGCGCGACGAUGUUGGUGUCUGUUUGAAAUUGUCAUAACGCUUCACAUAAGUUUCACUUAUAUCAUACUUAGCGCUUCUUUUUUUAUUAGUUAUCCUCCCACUACUGGAAUGAA